AUGGUCCCGGCGAGCGCAGGGGCUGAGCCCAGCCCCGGCCGGUACCUCCGCGACGAGGGCAGCGGGACGCUCUACAAGCGGGGACGGCUCCUGGGAGAGGGCACCUUCGGCCGCUGCUACCAGGUGACAGAGGUGACCAGCGGCCGGCUCUACGCGGCGAAGGUCAUCCCGCGGGCCCGGCUGGCCGCGGCGGGCACCGGGCACCGGGUGGAGCGGGAGCGGGAGCUGCAGAGUCGCCUCCGCCACCGGCACAUCGUGCGCCUGCACGGGCACUUCGCCGACGGCGGCCACCUCUACCUGCUGCUGGAGCUCUGCAGCCGGGGGUCCCUCGCCGACACGGUGCGGGCGCGGGGCCGCCUGACGGAGCCGGAGGUGCGGUACUACCUGCGGCAGCUGCUCUCGGGGCUGCGCUACCUGCACGGCCACGGCCUCGUGCACCGGGACCUCAAACUGAGCAACUUCUUGCUGACGGAGCGGAUGCGGGUGAAGAUCGGGGACCUGGGGCUGGCAGGGCGGGCGGCACCGCCCGGGCGGCGCUGGGGGUACACGGCGCUGACCGGCCACGCCCCGUUCGAGGCUCGCCGCCGGGCCGAGCUCUACCGGCGCAUCCGCAGCGCUCGGUACCCGCUGCCCCCGCAGCUCUCGCCCCGCGCCCGCGCCCUCAUCGCCCGCAUGCUGCACCCCGAGCCCGCGGCACGGCCCAGCCCGGAGGCGGCGCUGGGCCACCCCUUCCUCACCCAGGGUUUCACGCCCCGCACGCUGCCACCCUGCGCCUGCCACUCCGUGCCCAUCUUCGUGGGACAGGAGCCCCUGCGCCGCAUCCUGCGGGGGAUCUGGCGGGGGUGCGGCUGCGUGCCUGCCCCUCCCCAAAGGACCCGAGCCCGAAUUUCCACCGAGGAAAACCUUUAUUAGUGCUGGGAACCGUCUAAAAUCCAGUCACGGAAACAAGCGGGGCGGGACGUGACCAGUACACACACACACACACACACACACACACACACACACACACACACACACACACACACCAGUUUGCCCUU